AUGGAAGGGUGGCUUUAUCUAUUUCGUUCUAGUCGCUUUGGCCAGGAUUACUCACGUAAAAGAUACUUCAUUCUCAAAGAUAAUGUUCUCAGGAGUUUCAACGCCAAACCAUCCUCACAAAUGGAGGAGCCAAUUAGAAGUGCAAUGAUAGAUUCCUUCAUUAGGGUUACUGACAAUGGAAGGGAGAGUAUCAACAAAAAGGUGUUCUUUAUUUUCACUAUAUAUAAUACUUCAAAUCAAAGGGAUAAGCUUAAGUUGGGAGCAAGUAGUUCAGAAGAAGCUGCGAAAUGGAUAAGUUCUUUUCAGGAAGCUGCUAUGAAGGAGACUCAAAAUCCGGCUAAGAAUUUUGUGCCUUGUCACAAGAGACGGCGUUCAUCUUUGAGAAAUGGAGGAAUGAAAAGCAUAGAUUGGAAAUACUCUAAUUUGAGUUUUCAAUCCUGUGCAUACUCUGAGGUUAUGACCACUGAUGUUAUUGCGCCUUCUCCGUGGAAGAUUUUUGGCUGUCAAAAUGGGCUAAGGAUGUUCAAAGAAGCCAAAUAUUGGGAUUCACAGGGAAGGCAACGGAGGGAUGAUCAACAAGCAAUAAUGGCAGUUGGCGUGGUUGAUGGAACUUCAGAGGCCAUUUUUCAUACUCUAAUGUCUCUUGAUCCCUCAAGAGCCGAAUGGGAUUUUUGUACAAACCGAGGCAGUGUGGUCGAUCACAUAGAUGGUCAUACAGAUAUCAUUUACCUGCAAUUGUACAACGAUUGGCUACCCUGGGGUAUGAAACCAAGAGAUUUAUUGCUACGAAGAUACUGGAGAAGAGAAGACGAUGGCACAUACGUGUUAUUAUAUCAUUCCGUGUGUCAUUCCAAGUGCUCACCCAAGAGAGGCUACGUUCGAGCUUCCCUUAAAAGUGGAGGAUUUGUAGUGAGUCCUGUAAACAAAGGAACUCAAUCAGUUGUAAGACAUAUGCUUGCUAUUGACUGGAGAUUAUGGAAACUAGAUUUGCGACCUUCAUCUGCUAGAUCCAUAACCGUCCGUAUGCUUGAGAGAGUUGCAGCACUAAGAGAGUUGUAUAGAACCAAAGCAGGAAACUACUCGUCUGAGUCUCCUGUAAUGACAAAAGAUAUUGGGUUGCCAAUUACUGUAAAGGAGGAUGUUAAGAUUAAAGUUUCCGAAGAGAAUAAUGGGCCGGUUGAUCUACUUGUGGAAGUGCAAGAUGAAGUGGACGACAGAGAAAUUCGCGGCCGCACCAGUUUAAUGGGAUUGAAUGAUACUGAUGAGUUCUUUGAUGUUCCUGAAUCAACAGAAUAUGAUCAGUUUGAUAAUCCAUGGCACUCGGACUUGUCUUCAGAACAACUCGUCGUGCCCCAACCCAGAGUAUCAUCAGCUGCUGGUUUGGUCAAAAAGUUACAUGAUCUCUCAAUUCAAAAGAAGGGUUACAUCGACUUGCAAGAGGCAGCUAGGAAGGAAAGUGCAUCAUGGUCUUAUGGAUUCACUCUUGCAAAAGAUCCAAAAUGUACUUUACCUUGCACUUGGGCCGAUGCCGAUCCAUCUUUGUUUUUGGUUCGAGGUGAAACUUAUUUACAAGACCAUGCAAAGGUCAAGGCAACCAACACCUUGAUGCAAUUGGUUGGUGCAGAUUGGCUCCGGUGUGACACACGAGAAGACGAUUUGAGUAGUCGUCCCGGUUCCAUAGUCCAGAAAUAUGCAGCAAAAGGUGGUCCAGAAUUCUUCUUUGUCGUCAACAUACAAAUGCCGGGAAGUCCCAUGUAUAACAUCGCAGUCUAUUACAUGACGAAAACUCCUUUAGAAGACAAUCCUUUACUGCAAAGCUUUGUUGAAGGAGAUGAUACUUACAGAAACUCGAGAUUUAAGCUCAUACCAUAUAUUUCCGAGGGAUCAUGGAUAGUCAAGCAAAGUGUCGGGAAAAAAGCAUGUUUGAUCGGACAAGCGCUAGAAAUAAACUACAUUCGCGGCAAGAACUAUCUAGAGCUUGACAUCGACGUUGGAUCUUCAACGGUUGCAAGAGGAGUGGCGAGUCUAGUUCUUGGAUACCUGAACAAUUUGGUGGUAGAAAUUGCAUUUUUGAUACAGGGUAACACACAAGACGAGCUUCCUGAAGUCCUCGUCGGAACAUGUCGAUUCAAUCACAUGGAUGCAACCAAAGCAAUUGCAGUGAAUAGUUAA